ACUGCUGACCCGUUCGUUGGAAGGAGUGGUAAACGUUGUUGUGCUUGACGCGAGUGCUGCGAAGCAAGUCCUAAAUCUGUGCGUCGACAGACGAAUGGCUUGCGCUAGCCAUUUGGACUGAAACUUUCAUCCAAAUCAAUUUCCGUCGAGCGUAGGUCGGUCCUCGUCCUCUUUAAAUCCCCGUUCAAAUUGAACCAUUGCGCGUGUGCGUGUGUGUGUGGUAGUGGAAGGUGCUGCAAGCGAACGCGAAAACAAUCUAGUGACGACAUUUUUCUCAGUGGAAUUCACAUUACCAUACUUCGAUUGUGAAUGUCGCUAGGCUGCUCGACUUCCGUGUAACUGCGAAGUGGUGUUGAUGGUGUGUGCGUAAUGUCCGCGUGGUAGUGGUGUGCGCGCUUCGUGUGACAGAUCAGGUUCGGUUCGAUCGCGUUCAUACUCACUGCGUAAACAGAUCAUCAGCUUGAGUGGAGAAGUCUUGUCUCGAGCAGAGCAACUCUAGCAAACCGAGGCGUGUGACCGACCGACGCGUCAGCUUCUUCUACGUCUUCCCGCAUCGCCAAGGUUCCCCUCCCAGCCCGGUCCAGUGUCCGUUCACCCGGAAGUGAGGAUGGAUUCGGAUGACGAAAGCUUCGAGGAGCACGACUCGGGCAACGUUUCCAGCGGGGACGAUGAUUUCGCGAUGGACGUGGACAUCAACAAUCCGCGGGACCGUGGCCAAGAGACGGACGACUAUCCGUACGAAGUGCUGACGACGGACCAAAUCGUGCAGCAUAUGGUCGAUUGCAUCAAGGAUGUAAACACGGUCGUGGAGAUUCCCACUACAACGACGCGGAUUUUGCUAAACCAUUUCAAAUGGGACAAAGAAAAGUUAAUGGAACGAUUUUACGAUGGCGACCAGGACAAGCUCUUCAAGGAUGCACACGUUAUUAAUCCGUUUCGAAAGCCCAGCUUAGUGCUCAAGCCAAAGAUUAAAAAAUCCAGAACGGAGGAUUGUGAAAUCUGCUACUCGACGAUUCACCCAAGUAUGAUGACCGGCCUGGAAUGCGGGCACCGCUUCUGCACCCAAUGCUGGCAGGAGUACCUGACGACCAAGAUCGUGGAGGAGGGGCUCGGUCUGUCGAUAGCGUGCGCGGCGCACGGAUGUGAUAUUCUGGUCGACGACGUUACAGUGAUGCGGUUGGUGCAGGAUGAUCGAGUGAGACACAAAUAUCAGCACCUCAUCACCAACAGCUUUGUGGAGUGUAAUCGUCUGCUUCGCUGGUGUCCCUCGGCUGACUGUACGUUUGCGAUCAAGGUACAGUACGUCGAUCCGCGGCCCGUGAUUUGCAAGUGCAAUCACGUGUUUUGCUUCGAGUGUGGCGAAAACUGGCACGACCCGGUCCAGUGCCGGUUGCUGAAGAAGUGGAUAAAAAAGUGCGACGAUGAUUCGGAAACGUCUAACUGGAUCGCGGCCAACACGAAGGAGUGCCCGAAGUGUAACGUAACGAUCGAAAAGGACGGUGGCUGUAAUCAUAUGGUAUGCAAAAAUCAGAACUGCAAGCACGACUUUUGCUGGGUGUGUCUUGGAUCCUGGGAACCGCACGGUUCCUCUUGGUACAACUGCAACCGCUACGACGAAGACGAAGCUCGGGCGGCCCGCGACGCGCAGGAGAAACUGCGUUCAACGUUAGCAAGAUAUCUGCACUACUAUAACCGAUACAUCAACCACAUGCAGUCGCUGAAGUUCGAGCAUAAGCUGUACGCGGCAGUGAAGGAUAAGAUGGAAGAGAUGCAGCAGCAUAAUAUGUCCUGGAUAGAGGUCCAGUUUCUGAAGAAAGCGGUCGACAUACUCUGCCAGUGUCGCCAGACGCUUAUGUGCACUUACGUGUUUGCCUACUAUCUGAAGAAAAAUAACCAAUCGCAAAUUUUUGAGGAAAAUCAAAAAGAUCUGGAAACGGCCACUGAAAAGCUAUCCGAGUACUUGGAGCGUGACAUCACGUCGGAAAACUUAGCCGACAUCAAGCAGAAGGUGCAGGAUAAGUACAGGUAUUGCGAAAAGCGUCGGAAAGUGCUGCUCGACCACGUGCACGAAGGUUACGAAAAGGACUGGUGGGAAUACACCACCAAUUGAUGAUCGCAAUCGUGAAGUCCUGCGAUUGGAUCUCCACCUUGCCACCCGAUGCCCCUCCUUUGCCUACCCGUUAACACUUUCCGUCUACAGAGCUACAGCUCAACGAUUCGUUAUUGCCUUCCGUUCCUUUUAUCGUUUUUGCCGCGAGAAUGGUCACCAGCAUGAACGCGGCUCGUGGAACGGUUUGGUAAACUAAACGACCGAUGAAAAGCGAUUCUCUCGAAAAUCACCACCUUCCUUCCCACGGAUGCUGCAGAUCAUCAACUGUGUGGAUUAUUUGCUGCUUGCUCUGCUCCCCGUAGAACAUUAUUUAGAUGACUUGAUAAGUGGCGGGAAAUAGUGUUUUUCUCACGUUUUGGUACGCAUAUACGAUCUACCGUGACCGUGAGGGGUGUUCAUUUUACAUAAAUUCAUGACUUGGUUUGCUCUUUGUGUUGUUAACAAAAUUUGCACGCACCAAUGUGGUUUAAAUUAUGUCAUUUGAUAAAACAGCGCAAUUAAACACCCAUAUGCACUGUGUACACAGUUUCCCUACGUUCCUGUUGCCGUUAUGGCGGAGGACCUAAUGCUCCGAGAAUGUUCGAUGAAAACGUAAAGGCUCUUGGGUGGUGGCAAUGGCACUUGGGCGUUCUUUAACGAUCCCAUCCAAUUAGUCGUCGCUAGGAAAUGGCAAAAAAAGAAAAGCCUGUAAUACUGGCGAUAAUCCUGUUCAGCACAGAACACCAUUAAUAUGCUCGCCGAUGGUGGAUGGUGAUCCCAGCGUUCCCAGAUUAAGUAUAGUUGAAGGCGCCCGAGAUGUGCUCAUAGUUGUUUGACUUCUUACGGAUAGCGAUAGGUUUCAGAGUGCUCUUUUCACCAUUGUUCGUUUUCAAUCAGUUUGCUGCACACAUGUAACGUUUCAUGAGUUUUGUUGCUUUUACUACAUAAGUACAUGCUUUUGUUAGCAUCGACCAUUUGCUUGUCCAUCACUAAAACGGUAAAAAGCAGAAAUAAUUUGUGCGAUCCGUUUUGUCCGCUAUUGUUUUAUUCUAUGUUGUGUUUUUGCCUUCUACCUUCAUCGAGAUCGUGGCGUCUAAUUAUGCUGUUCGUUAGCACCAUACAUGUUCCGUUUCCGUAUUACUAGACAGUUCAAUUGUUAAACAAUUGUCAAUUCUACGUGUGUUUGCCUGUAAACUCUGACCGCUUUUCUGUUUGGGUUACAAUGUCCUACUUCCAACAGAUAAAUUAUUGUAGACCCCAGGUAACGCCAGGUAGGUAACAGGGCUAAAUGUCGCUAUUCAUUUCUAUGAUUUGUUAUUCGACAUCUAGCAACUAUAGCAACAUUUACGAGCGCUCUUACACAUUUUCUUCUCCGGAUACCUAUGUGUGGAGCUAGGGUGUGUGUGGCAGUAACGUCGUUAAGAAAUAUUCCCAAGCCGAUCACAUCCUAUUAAACAUCACUUUAUCCACGCAUAGUAUGGUCAUAAGCAGCUCGACUACAGGACAACCGUUGACUGGUAUGAGUUCUCUGCUUCUACCACGGAUAUCGAGGGUGCAUUCAUAAUUUAUUGUAUUAAAAUAGAACAUGUUGAUGGAGCAAAUUGGGAAGCUACGAAACCGACACAAAACGAACAUCUUUUCAUGAAAGGCACUGAAAGCACUAUUUUCAGGCGUAUAUUUAUUAAACCGGUGAUAGUGUUGGUUACAGGAGUUGAUUGUUUUUGUUAUGCCAUCGCAUUCGUUUAGACGAGGGUAGGCACCACUGUUGGCAGCGAGCGGCGAUUGUAAAUGAAAACUUUCAUAAGUGUAAAUAGUUUUGUUUGGAGGAGCCCCAAGUUCAGGACGCUUCAGAAGCAAGAAAUACUAAAGAGAGAGAGAGAGAGAGAGUUACAAAAAAGAACAGUGAUAUGUGACCUUUCGUUCGGAGGGUGUAUGCCCAAAGAUUAAACUGUUCUUUGGAGAUCACAAACGGUCAAACAUUGCGCGCGCGAAUCAGCAGCGGGACACGAUUCUUUGCUUGCGAUGCCGCUAAGCGUGGCUAGGCGUGGCAGUGAAUAUUCGUGGGGUGUUAGAGGAAAGGAAGCGCACCAAAAACUGGCCAGAAUGUGUAUGUAUAACGGACGAAGCGGUAAAAAAUGAUUCGCUAAACAUUGCGCUAAGAAAGCUGCAAGCAACCACGGCAAACGGAAAGGCGAAACAAAAUCAGACCGAAGAAAAUCUAUAGAAGUCAAGCAUGAGGAAUGUUAUGUAUAUGGAUCUAUAUAUAUACAUAUUACGAAGAGAUCUUGUGACUUUACAACUAAAGAAAGCAAAAAGUGAUCAAAUAUAUUGCGACGAAAAAGAUGAAUAAAUCGAAUCAAACCGAA